AUGUCACUGGCUCGGUCCUCCAAGCGCUCCAAAGGUCAGGCGGACGAUCUUACUGGCUACUACGCCGAGCUCAUCAAAUCGUGUGGGGCGGCUCGGGACCUGGCUGAGGGGCGCAAGAUCCACAGGCUCAUCCAAUCUAGCGACCAGUCCUGCAGCACAUUUCUCGCCAAUCGCCUGGUGGAAAUGUAUGGGAGAUGUGGCGCGCCUGGCGAUGCUCUCGCUGUUUUCAACGCCCUCCGCGGCAGCACGAGCCAGUUCUCGUGGAACUUCCUGCUUGCGGCAUUUGCCCGCAACGGGCAUUUGCUGCAGGCCAAACUGAUUUUUGACAAAAUGCCCGAGCAAAACCUGGUCGCUUAUACGACGCUCCUCAGCGCUUGCUCUCAAUCUGGUCAUUUCCACGACGUGAAAAUCCUCUUCGAUUCUUUGCCUUACGCGGAUGCAAUCGCGCAGAACAUCAUGAUCCAUGCAUUUGCCGCAAGCAGAGAUCUGAUCAAGGCGCUCGCGUUGUUUCAAUCCAUGGAUCAGAGAAACGUUUACUCGUGGACCUCGAUCUUAGUUGGGUUCUCUAACAACGGAAAACUUGACGAUACGAGUAAAAUAUUCUCCAAGAUGCCCCAGAGAAGCGUGGUGUCCUGGACAGCCAUGCUAACUGCAUAUGCCCGGUCUGGGCAUCUCGUCCAAGCGCGUCGAUUGUUUGAUUCCAUGCCGGCGAGAAACGAGGUGACAUGGAACGUCCUGAUUGGAGCAUUUGCAUCCUCCGGAGACCUGGAGUUUGCCCACCAGUGCUUUGACGCGAUGCCGGAGAGGAACGUCUUCUCUUGGGGCGCUCUCUUCGAUGGUUACUCGCAGAGCGGGCAAUUUGGGCGAGCGAGAGAGCUCUUUGAUCUCUUGCCGUUCAAGGAUGUCAUCGCCUGGGGGAUGAUGCUGUCGGCGUGCGUCCAAAACUCGAGGAUCGAGGACGCCGGAUCCGUGUUUCACCUCAUGCCUCACUCGAAUUCCGUCACCUGGUCCACGAUGCUCUCCGCUCUCGUGAAGUUGAGCGAGAUGGGCGACGCGGUGAGGCUGUUUUGGGCGAUCCCCGAUCGCGACAUUGUGGUGUGGACGAUGCUGGUGUCGGGAUUUAGCGCAAGGCGGGAUUUGGAGGCCGGGAGGAAGCUCUUCGAGAUGAUGCCCCAGCAUGACGUCGUCUCGUUCAAUGUGAUGAUGGAAGCGUAUGCGAUCCGUGGUGAGUUUCGCGAGACUAGGCAGCUCUUUGAUCGCUUGCCCGAGGCAGAUACAAUAUCUUGGGGUUUCAUAAUCGCAGCAUGUGCCCAAGCCGGGCAUUUUGAGGAAUCGAAGAUGCUUUUUGAUUCCAUGAGCGGGAGAGGCGUGGUUGUGUGGACGACGCUGGCGGCGUCGUAUGGCCAGCACAGAAACAUGGAGAUUUCGUUCGCAAUGUUCCAAAAGAUGGCGCAGUGGAACAUUGUGUCUUUGAACGCGAUGAUCUCUCUGUAUGGUCAAAACGGGUAUAUGGACGAAGCUCGGGCAUUGUUUGAUGGAUUGCCGGAGAAGGAUCUGGUUUCGUGGAACGCCAUCGUUGCCGGAUAUGCCCAAAACGGGCAGCUCCACGAAGCUAAGGAGCUGUUCUUGCAAAUGCCGUGCAAGAGCGUGAUGUCUUGGAAUGCAAUCGUCGCUGGGAAUGCGCAGAACGGCGCUUCCCCGGAGGCGCUGGAGCUCUUCUCGCUGAUGGAACUCGAGGGUGAUAGGCCGGACGAGGUGACCAUCUUGGCAGUAAUUUUUGCUUGCAGCCAUGCCGGAAGGCUGGACGAGGCUUGGCACCAUUUUGCGUCUCUCAGCGAGCGCGGCCUCUCAAGACUACGCAGCCACUACGGGUGUGUGAUCGAUUCUCUGUGUCGGGUAGGGCGGCUGGAGGAGGCCGGGGAGCUGCUCCGCCGGAUGCCCGAGCAAAGCCACACUGCUCCAUGGACAAGCUUUCUCGGCGCCUGCUCGAUGCAAGGGGAGAUCACACUCGGCCAGGCCGCUGCGAGGAGAGUUUUCACCAUCGAUGCGGGGCUCACGUCUUCUUACGUGUUGCUUUCCAACACCUGGGCUUUUGAUCUCCACAAAAGCUUUGCAAACAAUGAGAGCGCUUGGGACGAUCACUUUGAUGUCGCAAACUAG